CGGAGCUGACACCGCAGGGUGCGCUGGAAAGCGGAGCUCGGCGCGCCUGGACUGGACAGGGGAACAAGUCGGGUUCAGUUUUCCCGGCUCAGUUGCAGGGACGCACUGUGUCCGGGCCCCCUGCCUCAAAGGAGCAUCUGGCUCGGGCCCGGGGGUCGCCCGCGCUGACCAUCCGCCUGUCGUCUCUAUCGGGAGCCAGCCUGCUGCCAUGGCUGAACACCUGAUGCUCGCCGAAGGCUACCGCCUGGUACAGAUGCCACCGCCAGCCGCUCCCGCACACAACCCUCACGUGCUCCGGACUCUACAGCCUUACACGGGCCCGGGCCUGGACAGCGGGCUGCGGCCGCGGGGGGCUCCGUUGGGACCUCCGCAGCCCCCACCCGGGACCCUGGCGUACGGGGCCUUCGGGCCACCAUCCCCCUUCCAGCCCUUUUCGGCGGUGCAGCCACCGGCCGCCGGCAGCGCGCACCUGCAGCCUUUGGCGACGCUGUACCCGGGCCGCGCAACCGCGGUCCCUGGAGUCCCCGGAGGUCCGGCAGGCUUGCAGCCGCCACCCGCAGCCGUCGCCCCGCCGCCGCCCGCGCACGCCCUGGGCAGCAUGGAUGCCGAACUCAUAGACGAGGAGGCGCUGACGUCGCUGGAGUUCGAGCUCGGGCUGCACCGCGUGCGCGAGCUGCCCGAGCUCUUCCUCGGCCAGAGCGAGUUCGAUUGCUUCUCGGACUUGGGAUCGGUGCCACCCGCCGGCUCGGUGAGCUGCUGAGCGCAUCUGCGUGCAGAAGCCGGGCUGGCUGCUCGCGGGACUCUGCUCCCAGACACCGGGCCCGC